UUAUGUAAUGUUGUAAUAAAUUCAAAUUUUCUGAUUAGAAUUCUGAUUCCAAAACAAUCAGUCAAUUUUCGUGAAAAUUUCUUUCAAUUUUCAUGUCAAAAAUGUUUCGGAAAGAUUUCUCAACCAUUUGUGAUGACCAUCAUUGGCUGGAUUUAUAUUUGCAAAUAGUAAACAUUAUGACCGAUUAUUGGCAAUAUGAUUUUCCGCCAUUUUUCACUAUACAACCGAAUGAUGAAACUAGGCGUUUACAAAUGGAUGUUUGGUGUGCAAUUAUAAUGGAUUAUUGUCGUCGAAAUAAAUUGUAUGAAUUAAAUAUUAGCGAAUCAUUGGGCCAACCACCAUUUCGUAAUGAUAAAAUUGGCCGAAAUCUAACCGAAGAAAGUCUUCGAAUUAUUUUGGAUGAAAUGGUUAAACGUGGUCGUGCCGAAUGGUUAAAUGUUGAUGGUCAAACAAAACAAUGUUUAAUCUAUUGGCUUCGAAUCGAUGAAUGGGCCGAUAUUAUUAAACAAUGGGUAGAAGACAAAGGUUUAAAUGGAACAAUGUGUACAUUAUAUGAAAUUACACAGGAUGAAGAUCGUUCCGAUCAGCAAUUAUUUGCACUUGAUGAACGAAUUCUAAUGAAAGCAUUACGAUUUUUAGAAAAAGAUGGUAAAGCUGUACUCGUGCAUAUUGAUGAUUCUUAUGGUGUUAAAUUUUUAUAAAUCAAUAAUUUCAGGAGAAAAAUGCCAUAUUAUUCAUUCAUUCAUUCAUUCAUUCAU